AUGUUCGGCAAUUGGGCCCCAUGGAGCUCGAUGCCUCGCAGGUGCGACGCUUCCGUGUGCAGUGAGCAGCUCUUGCGCCUGGGGGAGCUCCUCGGUCUGCUGCGCGCUGGCUGGGAACCCUCGGCCGCGGGCUGCCCGGGCAUGCCGCGCUCCCCAGGGGGUGCCGCUGCGAUCCCGCGCGCGCCGACUGGUGGCCCGAUCGUGGUCAGCGAGGCUGCCCCGUGCGCGCCGGCCCCAGGGCACGGCCGCUCACUGGGGCAAGUACGCCUGGCGCUGCAAGAAGCAGUGCGGGGCGGCACUUUGCUCGGACACGUGUCCGCGCUUGGCGAUGCCACGCUGCACGUUGCCAGGUCUCCGGACAACCUGCGUGCAAAGUGCGGGUUCGUUCUCCCGGUCGGCGCCCAGCGCGUCGUCCGUCUGUCGGAUGCGACCCGCUUCGGCUAUUCCGUGUGCGGCCGCGCGUGCUUCGGGAUUCGAUGCACAGUCGCGUCAUUCUUGGCUUCACAAUAA